AUGUUCAAACCCAUAGUCACAGAUCCUAUUCGUCUUGACGAACUAUUUACUAAGGUAAAUGUGGUUUCUUCUCUCAGCUGUGAAAUUCAGAAUACAAACAACACUUUGUUAGCUCAGAAGGUUCGGGAUGAAGCCAGGGCCUCCCUUCUAGAGGCUAAGAGUGCGGGACUCCUUGAUAAUGAAGACUUAGCUGAUACUUCUACUGAUAGUGGAAGAAGUUUUAUUACGUACCCAAACUUCCUGAAGGCCAAAGAUGAAGCCUGUCCUAAAGCCAAGCAAUACUUCACUGCAACAAUAUUCGCCAAACUCUGUCACGGAGAGCGAUUUUCUCGCGUGAACAUUCUAAGUUUCUUCAACUACGUCAUGAAAACUGUCUGGUUGCAGCAAACGCGAAUUGGAAUUUCCCUCUACGAUGCUCAUGGCGACGGUUACCUUCGGGAAGGUGAUCUCGAAAGCUACAUUUCAGAACUCAUUCCUUCUCUCUGUAAAACUGAGGAGUCUACUCGGAAUCCAGAAGUAAUUGUUAAGCCUCCAGAAACUGAUGCUUCUUUGGUUGAUGGGUCUUCAACAUCCGAGGUUGGUGAGAGUACAAGUAGCAAGGUCGAAUCUGAACGACCCACUAAAAAUAGUAUCCAUAUUCUUCAGAAAGAAGAAACCGAAGAAUUGGAGGUUACUAAAUUGAAGAAACUCGAACAAUACCCUCUCAGUGCAUCGUUGAACGGAGUCGAUGAUGCCUUCAGAACUUUUUACGUCUGUACCGCAGUUCGCAAAUUCCUCUUUUUCCUCGACCCCUUGCGUGCUGGACGCGUCCGUAUCUGUGAUAUCCUUGCUUGUGGUUUCCUUGACAACAUUUUAGAGCUACGAGAAGCUUCUACAACUCAGGCACGCUUGGAAGAAAAUUGGUUCUCUUUGGAAUCAGCAAAACGUAUCUACGCGAGUUAUCUUCGACUGGAUACUGAUCAAAAUGGCAUGCUCUCAAGAAAGGAGUUAGCCGGCUACAAUAACGAGUCGCUGACAGAUGCCUUUCUCGAUCGCGUCUUCCAGGAAUGUCUCACUUAUGAGGGUGAGAUGGAUUACAAAGUCUACUUAGAUUUUGUCCUAGCAAUGGAGAACCGCAGUGAACCCCAAUCAAUCGCUUAUAUCUUCCGAAUUGUUGAUUUAGGGGGUCAGGGCCGGUUGUGCGUCAAAACUGUUGAGUACUACCUCAACUCACUUUUAGAGAGCCUCGGAGAUGGGCCAGAUACUCCAAGAACAUGUGAUAUAAUCAAUGAAAUCUUCGAUAUGAUCCGGCCUAAGCAUCCUGACUAUAUUACACUGGACGAUUUACUCAGAUCAGGUAAAGGCGACACUGUUUUAGGAAUUUUGACCGACGUUCAAUGCUUCAUGUUGUACGAGAAUCGCGAAGCCCUUGCAGCUGGUAUUCAAGCUGAUAUUCAAUUUUUCUCACCAAUUGUCUUUGCUAAGUUAUCGAAAAUGGAUCAAUUUUCAAGAGUGAAAUUAUCCGAUUUUUGUGCCUAUGUUAGCAAAAUGACAUGGCUUAAUCGAACACGUGUUGAAAUAUCGAAAUACGAUGCGAUUGGAAAGGGUUAUUUAGUUGAACAUGAACUUGAACAUUACCUGCAAAGCCAACUUCCCUUUCUGCAGCAAAUUAAAAAGAUUGAACGGUGGUUCAUCCCAUACUACAUAUGCACGAUUUCUAGAAGAUUCUUCUUUUUUCUUGAUCCAAUUCGCGUUGGACGUGUCCGAAUUUGUGAUGUUAUGGCCUCUGGAUUACUAGAAUCAUUUUUUGCUCUUGGUUUUAAGAAAGAGAAAAAAUCAGCGAAUAACCAUUUCACGCUAUCUUCAGUCAAACGUGCAUAUGAUAACUUUGUCAAAUUAGAUAUUAAUAAGGACGGAUCACUUUCCCGAGAUGAACUCUUUCGAAUGCCUACUGGAAUUGGACACUUAAGUAAAUUUUUCGUUGAUUUCUUCUUUGCCACACAUCCGUCAAGGAAUGGCGUUAUUCUACUUUAUUACUUAACAUGUUUACAGGAUUAUCGAACUUAUAUGGAUCUCGUAUUGGCUCUAGAAAAUCGAGAAUCGACUCAAUCGAUACGAUAUCUUUUUAAUGCUUUUGAUAUUGCCGGUCAUGGGAAACUAAAAAUUUCGAUGAUUGAGGAUAUAUUCAAUGAAUCUGAUCGAGAAUCCGGCUUGAAGGAAUUUCGUAAUUUUUAUAGUUUUGUCUUUGAUAAAUUUAAACUGAAGGAUCCAGAAUAUAUUACUCUAAAUGAACUGCUUAAUUCGUGA